AUGCUCGAAGGUUCUAUUGCAAAAAAAAGACAAUCACUGUUCGAAUUACACAAAGACUAUGACAUAAUUGAGCUUUGGAAAUUGCCUGGUGUUCCGCAACAUUUGGUUUAUCUCGAUGACAAAAGAAGUGUGAUCAAUAAGGAUUAUAGCAAUGAUGUUGAAAGAAUUCAAUUAGUUGAAAGAGGGAUAAUAUUGAUAUAA